AUGUCUCUCUUCAAGGUUGCGCUGCCUGUCCUGGCAGUCGCCGGCUCUGCCUACGCCGCCUCCUGCAGCAACUCCGCUACCACAACCAUCCAGAACGGCGGCGAUGCCACCGCCAUCGCCGCCUGCACAACUUACUCCGGCAGCGUGGCUGUCGCCACCGGUGUGACUGAUGACAUCUCCUUCGAUGGCAACUUGAAGACCAUCGACGGUGACUUGGUCAUCGAAGCCAACUCCGGCAUCCAGCGCUUCGGAAGCUCCAGCCUCGAGUCCAUCUCUGGCAAGCUCACCCUGAACGACGUCUCGCAGCUCGCAGCUCUGUCUUUCCCCCAGCUGACCGAGGUCGAUGAGCUCACUCUCAAGGGUCUUCCCAACCUCCGAUCCUUGGAGUUCACAAAGGGUAUCACAAAGGCCGACAAGCUCGACAUUGAGAACACGAAGCUCCAGGACUUGGCCGGUAUCGAUCUGGAGGAAGUGUCCUCCAUCUUCAUUGCCAACAACGACGACAUCAACAGCAUCGAAAUGAAGGUCACCAACAUCACCGAGUUCAUUACCCUUUCUUUCAACAACGCCGAGGUCAACGUGUCGUUCCCCAACCUUGAGUCGGCCAACAACAUCUCCUUCCGUGCAAUCGGUUCCUUGAGCAUUCCCUCAUUGUCCAAGAUCAACAGCGGAAGCUUCGGAGUUUUCGAGAGCGACAAUCUCGCAAGCCUUUCGGCCCCCAACCUCACCAAGAUCGACGGUGCUCUCGUCAUCGAUAACAACAAGGGCUUGAAGAACGUCUCCUUCGCCUCCCUCACUGAUGUUGGCGCCAACCUCCAGAUCGCCAACAACACCAACCUUCACGAGAUUGACGGCUUGCCCAAGCUCAAGAACGUCCAGGCUGCGCUCGACAUGAGUGGCAACUUCUCCAAGGUCGAGACGCCUUCGCUGGACUUCGUCAAGGGUGUUUUCAACCUGCAGUCUACUGGCGACAUUGGCACCAUCUGCACCGACUUCUACGACCCCCUCAAGUCCAAGGGCAGGCUCCAGAAGGGCAAGUAUGUCUGCGAGGGCAAGCUUGACGAGGCCAGCACCGCAGGCAGCACUCCCAAGAGCGGCUCGAGCAGCGGCGACGACAAGACGGGCGCCGCUGUUGGACUUGCCGUCCCCAGCAUCUCUCUUGGCCUUGUUGGCCUGGUUGCCGUCCUGUUCUUGUAA